AUGCGUAUGUUGGCUUACGGAGUAGGUUCUGACGCCGUUGACAAAUAUCUAAGGCUAACAGACGUCAAUGCGAACAAAUGCCUCUACAAGUUUUGUGAACGAGUCAUCUCGGUUUUCGUCCCUCGGUACUUGCGCCAGCCUAAUGCAAAAGAUGUCCAAUGCCUACUACGGAUUGAAGCGUCAAGCGAUUUCUUGAGCAUGAUGGGCAGCAUCGACUACAUGCAUUGGGAAUCCGACAAUGACAUCAAAGUUUUAGACCGAUCACCGGUUCUUAAUGAUGUGUUAGAAGGCCGUGCUCUCGAGGUAAAUUAUGCUAUCAAUGGCAUCAACUAUACCUCGGGAUAUUACUUGACAGAUGGUAUGCAUCCUAAAUGGUCAAUGUUCGUGAAUUCAAUCCCUCAACCUCAAGGAAAGAAGAGAUGGUUUCUUGCCAGAUAUCAAGAAAGGGUACGAAAAGAUGUAAAGCGUGCUUUCGGGGCUUUGCAGGCUCGAUUUGCUAUUAUUUGUGGGCCCGCUCAAUCAUGGUUCGUGAAGAAAUUUGGAAUGAUCAUGAGAGCUUGCAUUGUAUUGAAUAACAUGAUUGUUGAGGUUGAGAGGGACACCUAUAAUGUCAUCUUUGAUCAGCGCUCGGAGAACGAUGAUCCAUGCUCGAAGAAUGAUAAUCCCCCCAUUGGCGGCUUACCACAAAUUCAACGACAACAACAAAGAUAUGCUCCAUAUGAGGAAUAUAUUCGGAUUUAG